AGCACUGAUGUUAAAGGAAGCAAAGAAAUUAUGGGUGGAGGGAAGUCCUCCAUAAACAGGCUAGCUUGUACUAAUUCACUGUGUCACAUUAGUUCUUUGUAUGUUGUCCUAGUAGAAAAUAACUGAUGAUUGCUAAAACUUUAAGCACUAUGGUUGUGUAAGCAAGUUGCACUAAAGGGCCUGAACUGCUCUAUUGGAUGAUUACCUGUCCUCCCCCAAUUCUUAAAGCAGAAUGGAUGGCAGUUUCAGAUUGAAUAGAUAUUUUCCAUCUGCUGAAUAGUUGUUUUUGUUCAUGCUGUUUGAGGUUAACUAUGCACGUACUAAUCAAACCCACUACUUCCUUUCUCGUAAAACCAAAACAAAGCUUCAUAUUACUUUCAGGUACAGCAUCUGGGAUCACAGCUAUAUAAAUACACACUGACUCUGUGUGGGUUCAAACAUUUCGAAGAUUCAGUAUCCUGAAAGGCAUUAUCUUUUUUCCAGUCCUGAGAGUUCCAGAUUGUCUUAAAGUCUGAAGGUAUCAGGUACCUUCAGCUCCUUCAGCAUCUGUCCCAGUGCAGGAAUGCUCUCAGCAUGGGUCACCGUGAGCUUUCUCUGCGCAGCAACUGCUACUGCCGAAGUAAUGGAAGUGACUCAGCCAGCAAUAGUACUGGCCAACAGGCAAGGAGUUGCCAGCUUGGUGUGUAACUACAAGCACAUUGGGAAUGCAAAGGAAAUUCGAGUGACUUUGCUCAAACAGACGGGUGACAAGUUCACUGAAAUUUGCGCUUCAACCUACACGACAGAAUUUAAAAUGUUCAGUGUGGAAGAGGUUAUUCAGUGCCAUGUUAGUCCGAGCCGAAACAAUGUGACCCUUACCCUCACAGGCCUACAAGCUAAUGAUACUGGUCUUUAUGUCUGCAAGAUGGAGCGCAUGUACCCUCCACCAUACUUCAUGAACAAGGGAAACGGGACGCAACUCUAUGUCAUUGAUCCAGAACCUUGUCCAGACACUGCCAUAUAUCUCUGGGUAUUAGGAGCUACUGCCUCAGGAUUCUUUCUUUACAGCAUCAUCAUCUCAGCCAUUGUCGUGGGCAAAGUGGUAAGUCCCAUCAGCUCACCCCAUCCUGCUAAUAAUAUCUCUUUGUGUGCAAAGAACAAGGAGAAAGAAAUGAGAACGGGAGAAUAUUUGGAACAAAUGCACUGCAUUGCUCUGGCUCCAUUUUACUAGUGCAAUGCACUACUGAUGCAAUAAUGCAAAAUGAGUACUUGCUGGAUUUACUAUUUAAACUUGUUUAUGGCUCAGUUGUGUUCCCAGAGUAUCAGAAAACAGUCAGCUUAUAUCAGUUGAACUCAUUCUUGGAUUAGGUUGGGUGCUUAGAACAGGCUGGAGUCUUGGAUACUUCUGGUAUCAAAGGCAACAGUCUUCAGGUGUACUCUGACUUCACACGGCUGAUUCCCAGCAUUUGAUUUUUACUUUCCUCCCUGUUUAUCUCUGUGCAAAGCAAAUGUAAAGAAGGCUCCCCCUGUGACAUGAAGGAAUUGUAACAUACAGUAUAUUUAACUUCACAGCUAGAAACAUCUGCAUAAGACCAAGGCAUAAGAAAUGUAAAUCUGGUUUCCUUCUUUCAGUGUGGGUCUGGAGUGUAGAAAUAAAACUGAUGCCAAAGCAUAAACCAAAAUAGUAUUCCUGUCCCAUACUUUUCAAUCCACUCUUGUCUCUAGAAGCUAAAUGAGAAAGUCUGGUGUCAACACUCACAGUUUUGAGCCAGCACUGGACUCUAAUAAGAGCACCUUCGAAGUGCUAGUUGAAUGGCAGAACUCUAUCUUUUCUCAAAUUGAUCUUGUCACUCCUGAUUCUCCCUCAAAUACUCUUAAAAGAUCUUCUGCAAAGAGAGGUGAUCCCUUGUUUAUUUUCCUGCCUUCCCAUAUUUUACAGAUCCAGAGAAGACAACGUCUCACUACUGGGGUCUACGUGAAAAUGCCUUCUGAAAAGCUAGAGAAAAAAGUGAUUCCAUUUCACAUCACUGUUAACUGAAACAAGGAGAUGGAGAGCCUGUUUCCUAGCUGGAAUGGAGAAUCUGCUAAUUGACUUAAGUCAAAGUAAUAAAAUUAUUGUCUUAUUACAAAGGUGUACCGGAAAGAGAGAAAAUAUUCUUUGUAACUUCUAUAGUUUUGAGGAGAAUAAAUAGUUCAUGCAUUAAUAUUUCAAGGUUAACCCUGUCACAUAUAAAUGGCUAUGUUAGGCCAUUGAUUUUUUGAGUUGUAUUGUACCAAUAUGUAGUCUACAUAUAUAUACAUAUAUAUGUAUAGCAUUAAGAGCUAUUGCUGUUGCAGCCGAACAACUUAUUGUCACAUUGUGCCAUGUCUACUGAUCAACUGAAAUCCAAACACUAUUAAGACAGAGGCUUUUGUAUCAUUGCAAAGUUAAUCCUACAGGUCUGAGAGGAAGAGGUAGAAGAGCACACUAAUGCACAAAGGAAUGUUGUCUUGUUUCCAUGCAGUGCUAUUUAUUGGUUCAGUUUCUUGUAUUAGUGCUCUGUGCUUCCACAAAGGCAUCACUGUAGGCUGGCACUGAUGAUACUGCUGCUCUAAAAGCCUGAUCUCAGCCUUUCUCUGGUACUAUGUCCCAGCAGUGCUGUACUGGAGUUAACAUUGAUGAUAUCUGAGCCAGUGCUGACAGCCCGGUUGGAGAGAAAGGCUGCCCAGCAGGAGGCCUCUUGGGCUGAUGCUGGGAGGGUGUUCCAGCUCUGCUGGAGCCUUGAGUUUUACAAAUGCUAAAUUAGCAUCUAUCCAAGAAGCAGAAAUAUGUUAUGUGUUUAACUGAGUCUAUUUUCCAUGAAAAUACAGACAGUGUAUAAUCUUGUUUAUUAGUUAUGUACCAUUCAAUAAAAAUAUUGAAGCUUUGCCCAAAUUCAAGUUCAUUUCUUAUUCACCAUUCUCAGAAGCAACAGGAAGUGGCUACAUGUUAGAAAGCAGUGAUGACAAGAUGAACCUUUCCCCUCUGACCCUAUGUUUUGCCCUUCUGAGGAAGCUUGUGUGCUCAUGGCAACACUUACUUUCUCAGCUCUCCUCCUCAGACGUCACCAUUACAAUCUGCCAAGUCUUCAAUUAGUCUAGUCAGAGCUGAUGUGAUUGAGAGAUGCUACCAGACACCUUUACACUUACUUACAAGUUACUUACUUGCAGAAGGUAACUGUGUCAGCUUUGGUAGCAUCUCCUGUACCUGUUUAUACAAAAAUCUAGUCCUAGUUUCAAAUCCUGUUUUCUUUGCACCUCUUCAAGACUCGCUAAAUUCUACCUGAAAAACAAAGCUUUUGGAGCUUAAAAACCAUUUGAGCCUCCUCGCAUACUAUCUAUUAUUUUAACUCUUUGCUGUCAAAAUUUCACCUUAGAGCCCCCAGACAUGACAGUAUGUACCUCUGUUUAACAGUUGUGAAUACAUCUUCUUGGCUCCAUAACUGUAAUCAAAUCCUCAUAGUCCACUGUACCAUGUUCCUGCAGUGGCAGCAGAACACUAGAUCUCAUUGCUCUUUCAGUAAGCUUUUCCCCUUUUUCCCUUUCACCUCACACAAGCUUCUGCUGUACACACAAAUGUUCACAUUCUCAAUUUGCCACUAACUCAGAUAUUUGCAGGUGCCAGCUGCUUCCUCAGUGUUCACCCACAAUAGUAGAGCAUUAAGUAAAAGUAGUAUCUGG